AUGGCAAACCCCUGGUUCCCUGGGAACAGUAACUCCGUUCUGUCUCCGCUGCUUCGCACCGCUGAUGAAAACCCCCCGGACCCCUUCCCCCCCGACCCCCCUGACCCAGACCCUGAUAACCCCCUUUCUCUCUCCCGAUUCCCCCCUCUCAACUCCCCUGCCUCUCGUUCUCCAAAAACUUUUCGAAGUUUGCUUCAGACUCCUCCUCGGAGCUCCGUAAGUAAAGUUUUGAGCUCUUCUCAAACUGCUGCAGCAUCUGCUAAAGCCAAUCCCAACUCCUCUGCAGUACCGUCUUUCUCUAGAUCUACUGGUAUUGUUCAAUUUGAUUCCCAAAACUUUAAAAUUCUUCCACCAAAAUCUCCAAUCCAAACUAAUCGAGCCUCAAAACUCUCACCUUUUCCUCCCCCUUUAAACCCAUUACCAAAAUCCCCAAUUCCUCCUUCAAACCAAAACCCUAACUGUUCAUCCUCCACAGCCAAAACCCCUAUCCUAAAUCCUAACCCCAACUUUUGCUCUUCCUCAGCUACCCAUCAUCCGCCCCCUCCCCUAAAUGUUCAACCUCCGCCCCCAUAUCCAAAAACUCACAAUUCCACUUCUACCCCACCCGUUGAUCCUCCUCCUCUUGUUGAGCGUAUUCGUAAAUCCCAAGAUAAAUCUCUGAGCCGGCAGGCUCCACCUUCCUUCUCUGACUCUGGCAGGCCUCGUGUCCUCAUUCCGGAUAGUGUCUUCCAGAAGGGAGCUGAGCUUCACAGAGAUUUUAUCAUUUGUUAUUUUAAUGGUCGCCCUCCUCCCUUCAACCAUAUUCAGAGUGUGUUGAACCACCUUUGGGGGAAAGGUCGACGCGUUGAGAUUCACACUAACCCACUCUCAAGGUCCAUGCUAGUAAGGAUUCCCUCUGACUACUUGCGGCAAAAAAUCCUUGAGAAAAGAGUUUGGUAUGUUGGUGACUCCAUGUUCCAAGCGGUUCAAUGGACUUCCUCAGCAUCUCCAUCAUCCCCGCCGCUAGAUUCUAUCCAAAUAUGGGCGCACUUAACUGGCAUCCCCCUUGAUCUGAGGCAUCAACAAGGGCUUAGCCUUGUUGCUGGUUUGGUCGGUGAACCCAAAGAGACGGAUGACUUCACGCUGAAUUUGGUGAGCCUGACCUUAUCUCAUGUAAAGGUGGAAGUGGAUUUGACAAUACCGCUCCCUAGUGUUGUUGAAUUUACCCGUGAAUCAGGUGAAGUUGUCGAGGUCUCGGUGGCUUAUCCUUGGGUCCCCCCGACAUGCUCGCACUGUAAAGAGCUAGGCCACAUAAUGAAGAAUUGUCUUCAGGUCCCGCUCCCUGCAAAACCAGCAGUAUCCACUUCAAAACCUAAAGGCAAAAAAUCUUCCAAUGUCAACAUGGACCCAACUGAUAAAGCCACUGAUAAGGGGAAAUCUGCACCUACUAAUGAUCCAAAGGACUCUGCAAAGUCUCCUGGCCCCAGUACUUCUCAUGAAGUCCCUGUCUCUCUAGCUCCCCCGGCCGCUUCCCUAUCCCCACAAGGUUCUUCUGCUCCUUCGCCCCUAUCUCAACCUCCCCCUGUCCCCAUUCCAUGGCUUUCGAGUCAUCAACCCUCUUUUGGAACGUUACUAGAAACUCAUAUCAAGCCCCAUAACCUUAACCACCUUAUGGGCAAGCUGUGUAGAGGAUGGAACUACACCUCUAAUCAUUUGGCGGAUGAUGAUGGCAGAAUCAUCGUUAUUUGGAAGGACAACAUCUCUGUGCGUGUCCUUCAACAGUCUCGGCAAGCUUUAACCUGUGAAGUCAAAUUACCAGGCACUUCUGCAUUCGUAUACACUGCAAUUUACGCUUCUAACGAGCAUUGGGAACGCACAGAUCUAUGGGUGGAACUCCUGAACACGUAUCAAACCUUCUCACUUGAUACAACCCCUUGGAUGGUUGGAGGAGAUUUCAAUCAGAUCCUCCACCCUGCUGAGCACUCUCUCUUGGAUGUGAAUUCUCUCACCCCUCCAAUGGUUGACUUUAGAGACUGUCUUUCUCAAAUGGGGCUGUCUGAUCUCAGGUUCCAAGGAUCUUUCUACUCCUGGACAAACCGGAGUCCCGAUAGACCAGUAGCUAAGAAACUUGACCGGCUACUCAUUAAUAGCCAAAUACUAAACCUUUUUCCCGACUGCUCAGCGUUCUUCCUUCCUCCGCUGUUCUCUGAUCACUUCCAUUGCCUCCUAAACCUAGACUUUAAAAUCCCCACCUUUGGUACCCGCCCUUUCAAAUUCUUCAACUACCUAACCAAACACCCGGGGUUUCAUCAGUUGGUGCUUGAAGCAUGGACACAGGCCGGAGCGACUGCCUGGACCCUCACUGCUCUCUCCUGGAAACAGAAACAAAUAAAGAGUGAUUUAAAGCAAUUAAACAAAGAUAAUUUUUCUCAAAUCGAACUAAGAGUGAGUGAGGCUAAUCGUGUUUUACAAGAUGUGCAGGUUCAGGUGAUGCAGACUCCAACCACUCAACUGUUUGAACUGGAGAAACAAGCAAAUGAGCGUUGGCUGUUCUUAAGAAUGAUCGAGGAAAGCUAUUUCAAGCAAAGGUCGAGGAUCAAUUGGCUCAAAGAAGGGGAUCAGAACACAACGUUCUUCUAUCGUAUUGUGCAGACAAGACUAAGCUAUAACACUAUUAGAUCUUUUGUUCUUCUCUCAGGUGCAAUCUUGACGGAUCCCAUAGACAUGAGUGCUCAUGCAGUUGCCCAUUUCACCAGCAUUCUGGGACCUCAGCCACCGGCUAGGAUAAGAGUUGUCUCUACUGGUGAAUGGUUUCACUCUCUAACCCCCUACCGAUUUGACCAGAGCUACAGAGUUGAGAUGAUUUCAGUGCCUUCUGCUGAUGAGAUCACAAGAGUAAUCCACAGGUUGAACCCCAGCAAGGCUCCGGGGCCUGACGGUCUCACCUCAGGGUUUUACAAAGCGGCUUGGACCAUUGUGGGUAAUGAGGUGGUACACUUGAUCCAGAACUUCUUCCUCUCCUCCUUCAUGCCCACAGCUACGAACAGCACAAUCCUUACGUUGGUUCCUAAGCAUACCGGAGCUUCAUUGAUCACAGAUUUUAGGCCUAUUGCUUGCCUAAACACCUUGUACAAAGUUGUCUCGCGCCUCCUGGUCAAGCGGUUGAAGCCCAUUUUGGCCCCUCUCAUUGUUCCUAAUCAGACGGCAUUUGUACGAGGCAGAUUGUUAGUGGAGAACACCUCACUUGCUGGAGAGCUCAGAAACGGUUAUCGUAGAGAAAAUGGGACAAAACGGAUCACUAUUAAAGUGGAUAUAGCAAAGGCGUUCGAUACCUUAUCAUGGGAGUUUAUCUUCUCAUGUUUGGUAGCCUUCAAUUUACCAAUGGAAUUUAUCUCCUGGAUUAGAGCCUGCGUUUGCACGACUAGCUUCACAGUUGGGUAUAAUGGAGCAAUCAACGGUUUCUUUAAAGGUACCCACGGCUUGAGACAGGGUGAUCCAUUGUCCCCAUAUCUCUUUGUCAUUGCGCUGAACAAUCUGUCUCUCAUGCUCAACAAGGCAGCUCAAGAUAUGCGCUUCAACUAUCAUCUAAACUGCUCAUCCUCUAGACUCACCCAUUUGUGCUUUGCGGAUGACUUGCUCAUCUUUAUGGAUGGAUCAUUAGAGUCGGUUCAGGCAGUGCUUCAAGUGCUCCGGGAGUUCGAAUCAAGAUCAGGCUUAGCAGUUAGUAUGCACAAGACCUCGUUCUUUGCUUCAGGGUUGACUGCUAUGGAAACAGAUGCUAUCCAAGCCUCCACAGGGAACAUUGAAGCUCAUCAUACAGCACGAGUCUCUUGGAAUGAAGUAACAAAGCCUAAGAAGGAAGGUGGACUUGGGAUCAACGACCUGCUCCUGUGGAAUAAGGCAUGUUGUUUGAAACUUAUAUGGCUGUUGUUCUUUCAAGCUGGAUCAUUUUGGGUGGCUUGGUUCAAGGAGGAAGUUCUAAAUGGGAAUUUAAGCAACUUAUGGACCACUGCACCUAACAGACGGUUCUCAUGUCUGACAGAGUACCUACAACUUGGUCCACAGUCGUCCUUGGGGAUUCCCCUAACAGCAACUCUCGCCUCUCUUUGCUCCAACAACUCAUGGCGUCUUCCUUCAGCCCGCUCUGAAAACCAGGUUCAAUUGCAUGUUCACUUAACUACCAUUGUUUUGAAUGAUGAGGAAGAUUACUAUGAAUGGGAAAUAGAUGGUAAAGUGGAAAAGGCCUAUUCUAUUGGAACUGUCUACCAUCACCUGCAUGAGCAGGGAGCCUGUGUUCCUUGGUUUCUGACAAUAUGGAACAAAGGUGCCCUACAAGGGAUCGCAUCAGGGGGUGGGGUCUUGUUACUUCUCCUCUUUGUUUGCUCUGUAAUGUGGCUCCUGAAAGCAGAGAUCACCUAUACUUUGAAUGUCCUUACGCUUGGGGAAUUUGGAGCACUCUUGCGCCUCGAUGUGGAUUGUUACCGGCUAGAACUUGGUCCUCAGUCAUGA